UUACGAGCUGCUGACGACAGUGACAACGAGUUGUAAAUAAUUAACAUUAUGGCAUCUAGCAAAGUUAAUGUGCAGCAGAAAUUAAAAAAUGAUAUGGUUGUUUUUGUUGAAUGUGGUGACAUAUUCUCCGUCAAAGCUGAUGUCUUAGUUUAUAGUUCUGGAUCAUCAAAGAAGAACCCAGGUGCAAUUGCACGGCAGUUGGACAUACGCGGAGGUGUGAGUUACAGGAAUGCACUUGCCAAGUUACACAAAACACACAAAUUCCUUGCAGAAGGAAACGUAUAUGAACUGCAUCCAGGUGAUUUAUACAUAGAAUUUAAAAGUAUCUACUUAGCAGUAACAACCAUGUACACUGGACGUACCAGUACAGAUUUAUCAAAAUGGGUAGAGAAACUUAAGAAAUUGUAUUCUACAAUACUUCACAAGGCAGAAAAGAGUAAAAUACAAAUGAUCACUUUACCCAUUUUGGGAUCAGGUUUGGCAAACGGACCAGUUGAUAAGUGUAUAAAAGCAGCUAUUGAAAGUUUUAAUGAUUUCAAACGUAAACAUUUAUUAUUCAUUAAUAUAGUUUCUAAUGAUUACAAUACAUACUUAAAGAUAUGUGAUGAAUUAAAGUCAAGGGCACCAGUAGACACUAAAAUUACAUCAUCAUCUACAAGUUCAAAAAACAGUUUUAAAAAAUCCUUUGAUACUGAUGCAACACAUUCAAUAAAACAGAUGCCAGGGGGACGGAGCUAUGCUGAUGUCACUGUUUCACAAAAGAAUGAUGGUAGUAGAUCGCAAAAUAUUGAUGAUAUGCAAUGUAAAACAGAAAAAACCAAAACAAAACGCAGAAUAUCAAAGGAGAGAUCCAAAUCCCCAAAUCGUCAACGUACUAAUGAGAGCUAUGAAGACGUAGAAAAUAAUCGUCCUUCGAAUAUAGCACAAAGAAAACGACGACCAAAUCUGGCAGACAAAAUCUCAAAGAAAUCGGACAAUGUUGGAUCAUCCACAAAUGGUACGACUUACAGACAAGAUGGUUUAAAAGACAAGGAAGAGUACCCUCCCUUGAAAAAUGGAAACUCUGAUUCACCUCACGAUCAAUUCAAAUUCGAUGAAGCAAGAAAAAACAGAAAGACUUCCAGGAAGUCUUCAGAGGAAUAUCAAAAUGAUGACGACUGUGGUGAUACUUCUUACAGUUCAAUAGAAGAUACUGUUUCUGAUUCUAUUCGUAAGCAUAAGCAUAAGGAGUCUAGUGUGGACAAAAUCUGUGAACAUUGUCGAAAAGUUAAUUGUGGGUUUAGUCUUAGUUUAACAUGUGGUCAUACAGUCUGCGGUAAAUGUGGGGGGAAAAAUGAAGUAUGUCCAUCUAUUCAUCUGUCCACUUGUGAACAUUGUAACAAAAAAUUCACAGGUCCUGACUGUUCACUUAGUUGCGGCCAUCGUCUUUGCCUUAAGUGUGGGGCAGCUAAUGACGUCUGUCCAAUUGCAAGAGGUAAGGAUCCUGAAUAUGAAAAUACCUUACAAAGAGAAAUGCAAAAUGGCAGUGACGAGGAAGAAGAUGACAUUGAAACUUGCGCUAUCUGUAUGGAUGUAGCUUAUAAUCCAAAAUGUUUGAGUAAAUGUGGCCAUGUUUUUUGUACAGAUUGUAUUGAGACCUGUUUUAAACUUUACAAACCUGUCUGUCCAACUUGUGGAACAACUUAUGGUAUUUUGAAAGGUGAUCAGCCAACUGGUGUCAUGAAGAUCACAAAGUCCUAUAGAGGAGUAGAAGGAGAAGAAAAUUGUGGCUGCUAUGAGAUAAAUUAUGCUUUUUCGUCUGGUGUUCAAGAUGAGAAUCAUCCAAAUCCAGGCACCAGGUAUUUACCUACAAGUCGUACAGCCUAUUUACCGGCUACAACCGAGGGUAAAAAUGUCUGUAAGAUGUUAAUAGUAGCAUUUAAAAGAAAACUGAUUUUUACGGUGGGAAGAUCUACAACAACCGGACAAGAAAAUCGUAUUACGUGGAAUGAUAUACACCAUAAAACAUCCAUGUCAGGCGGUCCGACGCACUUUGGUUUUCCAGACCCCACAUAUUUGAAUCGUGUAAAGGAAGAAUUAGCCAGUAAAGGAAUAACAGAAGAUGACAUCCGAGAUGUUAGACUACGUGAUAGUGAAGUCAUCUAUGCUUAAUGUAUAUAAAUAUGACUUAACAAUUGACAAUAAUGACCAUAUUGUAUAAGGCCAUUGUCUAGCUAAUCAGACUUGAUGACGGCAGCAAAGACAACUUGAAAAUAAAAUAUUAAAGAUAUAUUAUGUAAGAUUGAGAUAAAGGGCUGAUUGUUUUUAUACGCCCACAUUGAAAUGUGGUCGUAUAUUGUUGUCACCCCCGGCCUUGUGGACGCUCUAUAGGCUAAAGUUAAUAUCCUAUUGACUUUAAAGGUCACCGGAAAUGGUUUAUAAAUUUUUUAAAUAAUGCAAGUAAUUAUGUCAACAUAUCAUUUCCAUAAGUAUAACACGAACCCGAAUGUCAAUAUUACCUGCAACAGGUAAAUUUCAACGUUAGCAAUUUCCGCCAUUCUCCGUGGGUAGUCGUAACUUUCCGUAAAUGUGACGUCAUUUUAGUCCCUCUGCUCAUAUUCUAGUCUAUAUUUCUAUGUGCAGAAGGACUAAAAUGACGUCACGGAUUGCUUAUUGACGGAAAGUUCCGACUACCGACGGAGAACUGGCGGAAAUUACUAAUGUUGAAAUUUACCUGUUGCAGGUAAUAUUGACGUUCGGGCUAGGGUUAUACUUAUGGAAAGGAUAUGUUGACAUAAUUACUUUCACUUUCCUAACGUUAGCAUGGGGCAGAACUUUAUAAAAACCAAAUUCUAAUGGUUUUCUGAUAAUUACUUGUUACUCUUAAUCAGAUUUUAAUGUAUUAUAAAUGUUUCAUUACCGAAAAAAGUAAAAAUAUGCGACAACUCUUGUUGACUGCCCGUACGAUAUAGCUGCUGUGGGCGUAUGUUUCGUUGCCUGGCAACCUAUCUUUUCUAUAAUAGUUAACAAAUAGAUAAUGAAAAAUGAAUAUAUUGAAAAUUUGAUUCAAAUUACUUUAUUCUGAGUGAAGUUAUUACUGUUUGAAGAUGUAUCGUAGAUCAUUAAUUAUCAUAGUAAUGUUACUAGAUAAAGGUGAUUAAGUCUGGAUUAUCCAUUUUGUCCAUCCGAUGGUCUGGAGAGUUAAUUAUGGGGCUUGUAAUGUUAAUAAAUGUCUAAAUAAAACAUUGGAAGCCAAAAUAACGACUGACCGCUUUAACCCUUAAAAGCCUGACUAGAAAUAAUUGAAUGAAAAAUCUUCCACUGAGUCAAUAACUACCUAUCUAAUGAUCCAAGAAUUCGGAAUGGCAGUUUCAUUGCUCCAUAUCCAGGUUUGUGAUUUAUUGAAGAGAUACUAGAUAAAGUUCUAUUUCCGCAGGACAGAGACACUCGUUUGAACACUCCAGAAUUAAAUUCUGGUGAACAAGACGAUGUGGUACCACAAUUAUAUUUCAAGUGAAUAAGAAAAGGCUGUCUAUAAUUAUAUACAUAUAAUUGUUUGAGACCUUUUAGUGUCUUGUAAACACUCCUGUUAUUUUUCCGUCUAUUGAUUUACCCAAAACACACUGUAUUUCAAAUAAAACAACAUAUUUUUAUUGUUUUUUUCUUUCUUUUUAUAUACAUAGAUGUUUAAUAUAUUAUAUCAAAACUUUACCCUUUUUUUUAACAGAAUGACAACUCUUAUUGUUAUGCUAAUUAAUUAUAUUGAGUGAGUGUUGCGUUGUAUUUAUAUAAUAUUAAAUAAACCGUUAAAUACUA